AUGGCCGCUAUUGCUACCCCUCAAACAUCAACAAUUACCCUUUCUCUUCCUUCGGAUGUCAUUGAUUCCAAUACUAGUCUCAAAUUCACUCCCAUUCCAGGUGCUCCUCUUGGUGCAGUUGUCACCCUUCCAGAUGGAGUUACUGAUCCUUCUCUUUUAAAUGACAAAGACUUUGACGAACUUAAGAGCGGACUGUUGACUCAUAGUGUUCUUGUUAUACCUGGAAUGGAAGACCUUCACCCCACCUCCCAGUACAAUCUUACGAAGCGAAUGGACCCAACUUGUGGUGCAGGUGCUUAUGGCCACGCUAAAGAGUUCCGUCAUAACAAAUCCGUUCUUCGUCGCGAUGGUGUUUCAGUUCCUUACCAGCCACAGGUUCAAGUAUUGGGACAGGGAAAGUUUGAAGAUCAUUGUGGUAUGGAUGAAAUCACUUUGAGACACCCUACUCAUUUUGAUUUUCACAAUGAACCUCUUACUGAUAAGGAGGUUGAGGAUGGUUACACUCGUUUUUAUCGUUGGCAUAUUGACUCGGCUCUUUAUGGUCUCUCCCCCCCAGUGUGCACCACCCUUCUUGGAAUCCACGUUCCUGACUCCACCAAGACUAUGAAAAUUAAGUAUGAAGAUACAGGAGAUGAAAUUGAAAUUGCGCAGGCUGGUACUGCGUUUAUGUCUACUGUCAAUGCAUUUGAAAAUCUUUCUGAGGAAGAUAAACAAAUGGUCCUUGGUACCACUGUCGAAUAUGCACCCCACCCUUAUAUUUUUAUUUCACCCGCACGUGCAACUAGCGAUGGUUUGACAAUGGUUUCUGAAGGCAAAGAAACACCAUUUGAAAGUCUUCCAGAGUGGGAGGAAUCUAAAGUCAAAAAGCUUCCAAUGGUUUGGACUAACCCUAUUACCGGCCGCCACCAUCUACAGGUGCAUGGCUGCUGUGUAUAUAAACUUCACCUUCCUAAUGGAAAGGUUCUUGAGCUCGAAGAUGCUCGAAAGGAAGUUCACCGCUUAAUGCGUCCAGCCAUCAACCCCUCAAACAUUUAUGUCCAUGCUUGGAAGAAGGGUGAUUUGGCUCUUUUCCAUAAUCAAGGGGUUUUGCAUAGUGUCACUGGACAAUUUGCUCCUGGUGAGCGAAGACUAAUGCACCAAUGCAAUAUUGCAAGUGGUAUUGACCCAGUCACCACACUUUAA